GGUCAAUUUAUGAAUGCUAGAACAAAUCAACUCCAAUUGACCGCAGAAUAUCGGCAAAUAAAGGAUGCCGUUUCAGUGGCAUUUCAUUCAAUUAUGGUACAUCGGGUACUUGGAAAGUUUAAAUUUUCUUCUGACAGCGAUUAUAGCCUUGGCUCUCUUGGGCAUGAAGAAGUGCCGUGCAAUCAUGUCGAUCUCACUUAUAUACGAGUCAACAGUCCCGAAUUUAUCGAUGACUUUAAUGAAAAGGUGGACUUAUUUGUCGAGGCGGUAACCAAAUCAUUGAAGGACGGGUAUUUUUUAAGUGGAAGUGGAAAUCAUUUAAUAUCGCCUUCGUCUGCUCGUGAAGGAGGGAGAAUUUAUGGAAUUGAUUGCUGGGAGGAUCUGAUAUCAACACAAAUUAAACUUGAAUUUUACCAGCGUCGGAAACGACAGUGGCCAAUUCCAGAAGAUACUGCUCCGUGGGAAGUUUGGGAAUUACAUCUAAAUCUUGUUCGUACAUUAAAUAACGAAGAUUUUUUUCGAAUGCGAGAAUAUGUGGCUGAACAACUUUCUGAUAAAGUUUUGACAAUUUGUGAGCUUAUGAAUAAACCGCAAUAUUUGCCAAAAAUUCCAACACGACUGGAGAUUACUUCCGUUUUUGAUAUUCGAUUUCCAAAUUGUGACCCUUAUUUGUGGCGAUUGGAUUCGGAACAUGGUCUCCGUUCAACAGAAAAUAUCUCUUCAGGCACAAGUUUUGUGAAGAAAUUGUUCAGGGAUGGACUUGCUUUCAAUAUACAAUAA